UCUAAAUAUAUGUAUAUAUACAACUAAACUUUCAAACAUACACACGCCACAAAGUUAAAGAGCUUCUCUAUGUGUUUUUAUCAUCCAUGGUAAUACUCUUAGCACAGAAAUUUACAAGAUUCUACAACAAGCUGGAGAAUCACCACCACCAUCACUAUGAUCACCAUGAAGGUGAGGAACCCCUGAAGGCUUUUCGAUCCGAAGUUUCAAAAUUGAUCGACGAAUUAGCGUCAGAUUUGAAACCCGGAUCGAAGAUCCUAUCCUUGAUUUGGAUUAAAAAAUGUCUUGGAAUCAUACCCUUGAUCAACAAGGCUUUUGCAAAGCUUAGUUUUGAGAUAGAUUAUCCAAUGAGUAAAUGGGAGACUGAUUCUAUUGAAGAAUAUCUCAGCUUCACCUUGUGUUUGCUAGAGCUGUUCAAUUCAAUUUCUUCUUCUCUUUCUCAUCUUGAACAAGCUAGGCUUUCAUUGAUUCAUGCUUUGAAAGUAUUGGAAAAUUCAUCAUCUUUGGCUACUAGGAAUCUCAAAGCAAUUAAGCCAAGUUGUUUCAACCCAAAAUUUGGUGAAGAGUUGUGUAGAAAAAGUGAUAAAGCAAGGGUUUUUAAUGGUAAAGAAUGGAUUUUUAAUGAAGCUUUGAAAGAAUUGAAGAGUUUUGGUUAUUGGGUAUGUGGAGUUUUUUUGUCUAGUUUGUGUAGUGAUGUUAAGCCAUACAUGGAGAUUAAGAAAAAAGCUUGUGGAUUUGAUGGUUCUUUAGUUCUCAAACUUGAUUCUAUAAUCACUGAAGGGUUAAUGAAUAAAACUAUAAUGUUGAAGGAGGUUAAAGAUGUUAAUGAUGAUGUUGAUUACCUUGUUGUUGCUUCUGAUGAAACGAAACAUGAUGCUGCUAAGGAAUUGGAGAGAAAGUUGAACAAGUUUGUGAAACUAUGUGAUGUUGUGAAAGAAGAGGUGGAUGGUCUUUUUUCUAAGGUAAUGAUUUUGAGAACUGAGUUGAUUGAUCAAUUAAGGGUACAAAGAUAAAAAUUUGUAACUUAAUUUUCCUUGUGAUGAUUAAUAGGUUGGUAAUUUUAUUUUAAUGUUUUUGAAUUGUAUGAUUAUUGUAAACUCAUGUAAAUAUCAACUACUACAAGUGAUUUGUUUGCUCAAUACAGUAUAGUUGUAGAAUAUGUAUAAAGAAUAGUGAAGAAUUUUAUACAUGUGUAUUUUGACUUGACAACCUUGGAGAGGAGAUAAAGGGAAGAAACUUGUUAUAUAUUUUGUUAUUAGUUUC